AUGGGGUUGCUGGAGGAUACUUUUGUCAUUCUUAUCACACAGAUUUGUUUCUUCGCUGGAGGAUGGGUAUUUUUUGUUAAAAAAUUAUUCCGUGAUUAUGAAGUUCAUCAUAGAUUGGUACAAUUGAUUUUUUCAACAACAUUUUCACUGUCAUGUACAAUGUUUGAAUUGAUCAUUUUUGAAAUAAUUGGAAUUUUGGACUCUAGUUCUAGAUAUUUUCACUGGAAUGUUGGACUUUAUAUGUUACUUUUUAUGAAAGGACUAUUGUCCAUAGAACAAGGUGUUAGUCGGAUAGGAGUAAUAGGAGUUACUGUAAUGGCACUGUUAUCUGGUUUUGGUGCUGUAAAUUAUCCGUACUCAUCAAUGACAUGUUUUAUGAGACCUGUUUCUUAUGCUGACGUGCAAGCUAUUGAAAAAAGAUUGUUACAGACAAUGGACAUGAUUUUAGCGAAGAAAAAAAGAAUAGCUUUGGCGAAAAAAAGUGAGGGAAUAUCUAAGGCUGAAACGCGCUCACGUUUGUGGGGAAUGUGGUCCCCUUUGACGAGUAUGAAAGAAUAUACAGAAAAUGUUAAAAAACUCGAGCAAGAAGUCUCAGGACUGGAAGAAUUAUCUAGACAAUUGUUCCUAGAAGCACAUGACAUACAAAAUGCUCGUGCGCGAUUAGAAUGGGCAGCUACUUGGCAGGGAAAAUAUUUUAAUUUUCUUGGAUAUUUUUUUUCAGUCUACUGCAUGUGGAAAAUAUUUAUUUCGACGAUUAAUAUAAUAUUUGAUAGAGUGGGAAAAAAAGAUCCGGUGACUCGCGGAAUUGAAAUUGCUGUCCAUUGGAUAGGUUUUGAUAUCGACGUAACAUUUUGGUCACAACACAUAUCUUUUUAUCUUGUUGGCUGUAUCGUUGUGACGUCCAUACGUGGAUUGUUACUCACACUUACAAAGUUUUUCUACGCCAUAUCUAGUAGCAAAUCUUCCAAUAUUAUUGUGUUAAUACUCGCGCAAAUAAUGGGAAUGUACUUUGUAUCAUCGGUACUUUUAAUGAGAAUGAAUAUGCCUGCUGAAUACAGAAUAAUAGUAACACAAGUUUUAGGAGAUUUGCAAUUUAAUUUUUAUCACCGUUGGUUUGACGUAAUAUUUUUAGUAUCUGCUUUAUCAUCAAUUGUAUUUUUAUAUCUCGCUCAUAAACAGGCUCCGAGUGAACGUAUGUUGUAA